GGUUUGAAGUCACGCCUUGCGGGAUAUGAGCUGAAUUGUUACCCACACUAAACCAACAUUGAUGGGUGCCCAAAUCACUUAUUUUCUUACUAAGCAAAUACACAAAAUAUAAGUCUAUACUUACCCCAUUGACUUCUUAGAUAUGAGGUGGUGGUAUUCAUAUAUAGACGCCACAUCAACAUGUAUGUGUUUUCACUAGUAUUUUUGUCAACAAUUAAACCCAUAAAAACAAGCGACAGAAACUAAAAUCAAUAAAAAAAGGAAAUCAUUUAAGAAACAUUUAUUCAUUCGGUGAAGCAAUAUGUCAGCGUUCAACCGACACCAUUCUAUAAAAUGAAAGACAAUCAAGUAACUGUAAACACAACCAAAAUGAUGAAGCAGAACGAAAGAACCAGUAGCAGCAAUUGCGAAGUAAAACUCGAAACCCUAAACAGAGUACUCAUAAAACCCUCCAAACCAACACCACCAAACCUUCAAACCUUCAAACUCUCUUUACUAGAUCAACUUUCUCCCAAUUUUCAUGGCAACACCACUUUCUUCUACCCCAAUUACAACAACAUUAACCAUUCUUCUCACUUCUUAGAAAAAUCCAAACUUCUCCAAAACUCACUCUCUCAAACACUCACCCUUUUCUACCCUCUCGCCGGAAACCUCCAAGACGCCGCCACCAUUAACUGCAACGACGGCGGCGUUUUCUUCAUCGAAUCUCAAACCAACACGACUCUCUCCGAAAUUCUAACAAACCCCGAUUUCGACACCUUCGAAUGUUUCCUCCCAAGCACCGACGAAAAACAAAUAUUAAACCUCUUAUUAAUCCGAUUCACCUUGUUCGAUUGCGGUUCCACCGCAAUUACCGUAUCCCUCACACACAAGAUCGCUGACUUCAAUACUCUCAUCACAUUCCUCAAAACAUGGACCGCCGUCUGCGGCGGAGACACCAAAAUACUCCCUGAUUUAACCACCGCCGUUAACCUAUUUCCUCCGAGAGAAUUUCCCGCCAUUUCCGCAUCAGUAAAAACUUCAAACAAAAAAAUAACUUCUAGAAGAUUCAUUUUCGAAGCUUCGAAAAUAGAAGAACUCAAAACAAGAGUGAAAAGAACAGUCGAAUUCAACCCUACAAGAGUAGAAGUUGUUCUUGCACUCAUUUGGAAAUGUGCUCUUUCUACAACAGCUACGAAAACGACGUCGUUUUUUAAACAUUCGAUUCUGUUACAGGCAGUUAACCUCCGUACACGAAUGGAGCCCACAAUUCCGGAAAACGCGGUGGGGAACUUGAUAUGGCCGUUUUCAGUAACGGUUGAGGAUGAAUGCCACGUGGCAAUAGAUGAGAUGGUGAAAAGGAUGAGAAAGGGUAUGAGGGAGUUUAUAGAGAGCAAAGUAGAGAGGUUUAAAGAGGAAGGAUGGUUUGAAUUUGUGAUGGAAAGUUUGAAAGAGAGGGUUAAGAUUAACGAGGGUAGUUUGGUAAUUUACAGGAGUUCGAGUUGGUGUAAUUUUCCACUGCUUGAAAAUGAUUUUGGAUGGGGGAAACCUGUGUGGAGUUGUAGUGUGAAUAAAGUGGUGAGUAAUACGAUAGCUUUGAUGGAUACUAAAGAUGGUUGUGGAGUUGAAGCUUUUGUCACUCUUGAUGAGGAUCACAUGGAGUUCUUUCAACAAGAUCAAGAGUUGUUAAACUAUGCUAUGCUCAACCCUAGAAUCAUCAUUUGAGACCAUCUCUCAUGCUACCAUAUCAAAUAUUCCAAUAAUUUAACACAAUGAAUUGUAUGGUUUUAACUUUAAAGAACAAACACCUAUCCUGGGUUAAUAAAAAUACAAACAAAUAUAUAUCCUCCUUCAGGAAUUAACAAA